GGCAUCGGCACGACAGCCCACCAACUUAUCGCGUCAUUUUCUUUCACUUUCUAAGUGGUCGUCGUCACGGGAGUAUAUAAAUGAAGCGAUUAUCCACACGCGGCGUUACACGGGCCUCCGCCGGCGAUAACUGCACGAGCGAUCGCAGGGGUACUGAUCAAAGAAGCCGAAGGGACUCGCUAUGUGCCUCGCAUGGAGAUACAGAUUGGUCGUUUCCAUCUUUCUGCUCGUCGUGCUUUGCGAUGUUUACGCGUCAGACGCGCAACCAAUUGGAAAAGUUUAUCCGCGCGGGAACCACUGGGCUGUCGGGCAUUUGAUGGGCAAGAAAAGCACAGAUGAGCAGGACAGACCGGGUGACCCGGAGACGUCUGUGACGACUCGAGAUCAGGAUCUGCAGCUGGAAAGAUACAACAAACAUCUGCUGCUUCCGCUCCUGCAUGCGCUCGUGAGAGGACGGACGGCACCGGAGAGCAUGCUGGAGGGCACAGAGGACGGUGAUGCUCAUAAACUGCUCCAGCGGAUGCUGGAAGAGAGACGUCAGUGGGAGGAAGGUCAUGAGAGAGAGAGACAAGUCAAACUGGAUGUCUUGCUACGGUCUUUAUUAAUGCAGGAUGACAAUGAAAGCUGAGGACCUAAGGGACAAAAGACUUGUGGUUUGAAGCUCUCUCGACAACUGUCUUCAUCGAAUACGAACCUCUUUAUUCAACGGCACAUAAAUCAGCAUGUUAUAUUUUUGUACGUCAAUAUCUCUACAAACAAACACGCGUAAACCGAGUGUCAUCGUUCUGCAUAUUUUAUGGUACUGUUUUAUAAAUGAAUUCAUCUUCUUGAUAACCCGAGACCAUGGUAACCGUUGUAUUCACAGUUUAAUGGAUUAAUAUUUAAUAAACUUUAACUUAAUAAAAACAACAGUCUGCUUGCUUGCGUAUCAUCUGACGUGUCCUGGCUAGAAAAAGACGCCCCAAAAAGACACCCCGUCUCGUUCUGCAAGCACGCGUUACAGGUUAUGAUCGAUCUCUUGAGGUGGCUGACCAUAACUUGCUUAUUAGUCAAGCAGUCGCUUAACAAAGGCGCGCAGGUGACAGGAAGACCCUUCACCGCACACUAAUGACCGUCUGAAUAACUAAAUCACAUCCUCUACAUUGUCUCUGACGACUGGCAGGAAAUUGUUGACGGUCCGGCUGUCCGCGCACGAUAAUGGCUCCAAUUAUACACACUGAUGUUUCUAACAAUGAAAGACGUCAACUGUAGCCACUUUCAUUCGUAUAAGCUCAUCUUUUCCUCAUUUGUCACACACGAACGACCAUUAAUAGAAAUGUGGCCCUCCUUCGGUCUCAAUCUAAUUGCAUCACUGAUAAAGUUGCCGAACAAAUGGCUUUGAUGACAGCCGUGUGUUCACGGGGGUAUGAGCUGAUGGGUUUGGCGCGGGUCCUGUUUAACGCAAACAACUAUUUGGAGCAAUUAGGGACAUUUACAUAAUCUGAUGAUAUUUCAUCUCCUGAUGGAUUUUAAAACUUUUUUUUUGUUUUGAAGGUUUACGGGUCUUAUUUUACAUUGUGCGGAGAAAUAUAAUUCUCUUUAUAAAAUUGUUGUUUAUUUGUUUGUGCAAAGAAUAAAUU